GAUAAUAUACUAAUAACAUCACAGUGUGAACUGUGAAUAUAUGAUACAUAAACUGUAAUUUUAUUAUUAUAAUAAUUCGUCAGUGUAACAUAAAUUCGUAGUUAGCCCUUAUAUCACAAAUUCAUUACCUAAUAAAUGAGACUGAUCUAUUGAAUCUAAAAGAUGAUAUUAAAAGUGCAGCCAUUACUUACCAAAUAGGCAUACGGGGCUGUUGUAAAAGUGGAAACUAGAAAGAAUGUAAAUGAAAAGUGAAAAUUGUGAAUAAAUUAGAAAUGGUAUUUUUCAACUUCUGGUCUGUGCUUCAGUGGUAUUUGAGGCCUUUUAUAAAAUGGUUUUUGCGGAAAACUACGCGUCUUUGUGAACUGCAAAGGAUAUGUUAUGGUGACAGAGUAGGAGCUCAGAGGACGUGUAAUAUUGAAAAAUCAUUAAUGUUAUCACGAACGCGAGAUGUAAAAGAAGUUGUUUCGUUCUUAGACGCGGUGGUAAGAGAGCGACGAUUCAUUCCGGCACAUUUCUCUGAAAUACUCGAUCCUCCAAUAAAUAUUAUACUAAGAGUUAAGAAGAUCAAUCCAAAACUCCACGAUGCUUUCAAACCAUCAUUUCGUCAGUGCCUCAUACAAAUCUGGAGUUACCGUCAGUUAGUUGAUGAAGUGGAAGAUCUUCGGUGUACACAGUAUGAUAGCAAUAAUCCAGAUCAUGAGGCAAAGCUCUUGAGGUUGUGGAAUUUGUUGAUGCCUGACAGACCAUUGGAAGCAAGGAUUACCAAAGACUGGCAAGACAUCGGUUUUCAGGGUGAUGAUCCAAAAACAGACUUCCGUGGUAUGGGACUCCUGGGUUUAGAAAAUUUACUAUACUUUGCAACAGAGUACACUCGGGCUUCAAACCAUGUCUUAAGUCACUCAUUGCACCCUAAGUACGGAUACACAUUUGCUAUUGUGGGUAUUAACUUAACAUCCAUGGCUUACUAUCUACUAAAGGAUGGCUCGGCCAAAACGUAUAUGUUUAACUGUAAACAGUACCUGCCUAGUAUUAAUUUGUUUCACAAGUUUUAUUGCUAUCUCUUUUAUGAAUUUGACAAAAUGUGGAUUGAAUCAAAACCAGAGAAUAUGAUGGAAUUUUCUAUAAUAUUCAAAAAGUUUGAGAAUGCUAUUCGUUCUGAGCUAGCUGAUCCAGCAUCAGUGUUUAGAAUAAACAUACAAGUAGAUACUAUAUAAAAAUAAAUAUUUAGUUGAAUUUUACACUCGAUUUGUAGCACAAACUUGAAGCUUAUGAACUACCUGUGCAAUGUGUUCAAUUAGAACUGUGUUAUAGUAAUACAAU